AUGGCAAAGUCUGGUAUCCGCCCUUCUCCCCUACUUGACCAGUUUCAUCUCGGCGAGGGAUUCCGAUCGAUGAGAAGCUUAGAGCGAUUGCUUCUUGCAGGGAUGAAUAUAGAUUAUCUGCCAAAUGAUUCUUUCUCGGCACUGCAGUCUCUGCCGAUUACGUAUCUGGACCUCUCCUGGAACAGCCUCUAUUUGAUAGAAGUGCCUACGGAUGCGCUGUCUGCGUUCAAUGGCACACGCUCCCUCAGAAUUCUCAACUUGGCAGGGAACAAGUUACGCAGGUUGAAAAAGGAUGACUUCACAUCUGUGACCCUUUUGACUACUUUGAAUCUCGAGGGGAACCAAUUGUUCAACUUAGCAGAAAGUUUGAGGUUACUUCCUAACAUUGAGCGCCUGUACCUCGCGGUCAAUAACUUUUAUCGAAUUCCCCCGAGCGGUUGGAGUACUGCUCUCCCGGCUCUGCGCGUCUUGGACAUCUCACGAAAUGAGGGCGGGGAGUAUCUUACAAACACCCUCAGUUACUUGGCACCAAACCUCAAGGAGCUCCACGUCAACAACAUAGAAGUCAACUUUGAACUCGCUGUUUUGCUGAAUUGCACUUCUCUAGUCACCUUGGAUGUUUCACACAAUGAAAUAAUUGAUGUAGCUUUUUAUGAUUCGUCUGGGUAUGGGUGGACAGCGUUGAAUCUGCCGCUUCUGGAGACCCUUAACCUUGCAGGGAACCAACUUACUUUCCUCUCUGCGAGUGUCUUUGACGACAACCCUCGCUUUCGAAGUGUCAACCUCAGCCAGAACGCAUUGGUGACUGUGAGUGAGAGUACUUUCUCGAACUUAAACAGUCUUGAGGCGUUGGACCUUAGCUACAACGUCCUCUCAAAUAUUUCAGCUCUUACCCCUCAGCUCCCGCGUUUGAAAACGGUUACUUUCUCGGGCAACAGAAUCACAUUCGCGGACGUGAAGCUCUUCGCGGCUAGCCAGCAGCCGGCUUUGCGAGUGGUGGACCUGAGCGACAAUGCAUAUUCAUGCACCUGCGACGUUGAGGAUUUCCGAGACUGGCUCUUAGAGGACACACGAAUGCUUUUACCAUCACCGUCAAGGUACAGAUGCAGCUCCCCAGAAGAGCUUCAAGGGGAACUGAUCGCACUCCUUACGCUGGACUUCUGCGUGUCGUACCUGGCUUUGUACCUGGGCGUGGGCUUGGCGUCAGGUUUGAUAGUCAUCGUUGCGGUUGUCACCUUUUGCGUCCGGUACCCCUGGCACAUGCAGGGUGCAAUCACCCAGCUUCCACCAAACACUGCAAGUCAGGUGCUACCUUGUAAGUUCUGGAACUAUACCAUGCUGGACUGCAGCGCGCGGAAUCUGUCUUCAGUUCCAACCGAACUCCUACCAAUCGCAUCGGCUGUAGAUCUAUCUGCAAAUGACAUCUCUCAAUUGACCGAACACUAUUUUACCAACUUGCCACGUCUGAGAUAUCUCAAUCUAUCCAUCAACGUCCUCCUCACUAUCGGUAACAACACUUUCCGCAAUCUGGUCUUGUUGCAGACUCUCGAUCUGUCCCAAAAUAACAUAGAGUCGUUGGAUUCCAAUGCAUUCGCUGGGCUUCUUGAACUGGAAUAUCUUGAUCUUUCCAAGAAUAGUAUCAUUUCCGUCCCUGCGGCAGCAUUUCGAGACCUCGGAAAUCUUCGCCAACUCUCCCUGUUCUACAAUUCGAUGAGCGUGCUACCAUCUGACGCUUUGGUGCCUUUAAGGAAGGUUCAUACGCUAGACCUGUCCUUUAAUUUGCUGGAAAUGACUGACAAGUUCCACCUCGGCGAGGGAUUCCGAUCGAUGAGAAGCUUAGAGCGCUUGCUUCUUGCAGGGAUGAAUAUAGAUUAUCUGCCAAAUGUUUCCUUCUCGGCACUGCAGUCUCUGCCAAUAACGUAUCUUGACCUCUCCUGGAACAGCCUCUAUUUGAUAGGUAACGCUACCUUUUAUCCCCUCACAAACCUUCGGCAACUAAGCUUGAAGAAUACGUAUUACAAUGUCCUUGAUAAGUUGCCGUCUGAAAUUUUCCAGUUGGAUUUAAGCGGGUCGUUGCCCGAUGUAAAGAGUAGCCACACUCUUUCGGCGCAAAUUGUUCGCCGUCUAUCGCAGUAUCUGCCUAAUAUAACCUGCAUCUCAUUCGCAAACCUGUAUAUCGGGCGAAUUCAAGAGUUGGCACUAGGCUCCAUGUCGACUCUCAAGAAACUUGACUUGAGCCAUAACUGUCUUGGGUCUGUAACAAAGGGAGUCUUUAAAGGAUUAAACGAUCUCCAAGAACUGGAUUUGUCUGUGAACUGUUUUGAAGAAGUACCUACGGAUGCGCUGUCUGCUUUCAAUAGCACACGCUCCCUCAGAAUUCUCAACUUGGCAGGGAACAAGUUACGCAGGUUGAGAAAGGAUGACUUCACAUCUGUGACCCUUUUGACUACUUUGAAUCUCGAGGGAAACCAAUUGCUCACUUUAGCAGAAAGUUUGAGAUUACUUCCUAACAUUGAGCGCCUGUACCUCGCGGUCAAUAAAUUUUAUCAAAUUCCCCCGAGCGGUUGGAGUACUGCUCUCCCGGCUCUGCGCGUCUUGGACAUCUCACGAAAUGAGGGCGGGGAGUAUCUUACAAACACCCUCAGUUACUUGGCACCAAACCUCAAGGUGCUCUACGUCAACAACAUAGAAGUCAACUUUGAACUCGCUGUUUUGCUGAAUUGCACUUCUCUAGUCACCUUGGAUGUUUCACACAAUGGAAUACAAAAUGUAGCUUUUUAUGAUUCGUCUGAGUAUGGGUGGACAGCGUUGAAUCUGCCGCUUCUGGAGACACUCAACUUUGGAGGAAACUUGCUCAAUUUCCUCUCUGCGAGUGUCUUUGAUAACAGCCCCCGCCUUCGAAGAGUCAACCUCAGCCAGAACACAUUGGAGGCUGUGAGUGAAAGUUCUUUCUCGAACUUGAACAGUCUUGAGGCGUUGGACCUUAGCUACAACGUCCUCUCAAAUAUUUUAGCUCUUACCCCUCGGCUCCCGCGUUUGAAAACGGUUACUUUCUCGGGCAACAAAAUCACAUUCGCGGACGUGAAGCUCUUCGCGGCUAGCCAGCAGCCGGCUUUGCGAGUGGUGGACCUGAGCGACAAUGCAUAUUCAUGCACCUGCGACGUUGAGGAUUUCCGAGACUGGCUCUUAGAGGACACACGAAUGCUUUUACCAUCACCAUCAAGGUACAGAUGCAGCUCCCCAGAAGAGUUUCAAGGGGAACUGGUCGCACUCCUUACUCUGGACUUCUGUGUGUCGUACCUGGCUUUGUACCUGGGCGUGGGCUUGGCGUCAGGUUUGAUAGUCAUCGUCACGGUUGUCGCCGUUUGCGUCCGGUACCACUGGCACAUGCGCUACAAAUUCUUCAUGGUGUUUCGGCGUGGGCUAAUCAGGAGAGAGGAACAAGACGAACCUGCCGAGCAAGGGAACAACAACAACGUGCCAAGGUUCGACGCCUUCGUGUCCUACAACGACCAUGACCGGGAGUGGGUGAUGCAGGAGCUGCUUCCUAAUCUGGAGGAUCACAGGGAAGAUGUGGAGAGGUUCAGUCUAUGCCUAACCGACCGGGACCUCCCCGCAGGAGACUCCAAGAUGGAUGUCAUCGUGGAAGCCAUCCAGAACAGCAGGCGUACUAUCUUGGUGCUGACCGACCACUUCAUGGAGAGCGAGUGGUGCUACUAUGAGAUGCAGAUGGCCCACCUGAGGCUUUUCAACGAGGGCCGGGACGUGCUGGUUCUAAUCCUACUAGGGGAGAUCUCGGACCACAAGAUGACCAUGCUGCUGCGCCAGACCCUGUGCAGAAAGAGCUACCUCAAGUGGCCCAAGGACGGACUCGGCCAGCAGCUCUUUUGGGAUCGACUGAGAGAGGAACUGAAAAUAUCUCCCACCGUGAAUCAUCGUCUGGAUGUAUAA